UAAGAGUCAGUGUUUAUGGUUGUAGCUUCAUCAGUGCAAACUGCAAUGUUCAAACAGCAGAAGAAGUGGACCUGACUGUCAUAUUGAGUUCAUUCUCAUGAGAAUUUUUAGACUAGUUUGACCAUUGAUGAGAGACAAUGAGCAGAUCUUAUUCCAUGCAGGAUAUUUUCCAGAAUAUUGGACUAAAUGAAUCUUUUAAAGUGGGGUCAGAACCACACCCAAACUACCAAGAACCGUCAUGCAGUUUGAGCGUCAAAAACGUGUCCUAUAGUGUCAGUGAGCGUGUAGGACCCUGGUGGGCCUUUCAAUCAUAUAGAAAAAAAUGGACAAGGCAAAUACUGAAUGAUGUGUCAUUUCAUGUGGACAGUGGCCAGAUCAUGGGAAUUCUGGGGAACUCAGGUUCCGGUAAGACCACUCUAUUAGAUACCAUAGCUGGACGAAUUGGGAAUUCUGGGACCUUACAGGGAGAGGUUUUUGUGAAUGGAAGAAAGCUUAAAAGGGAGGAAUUUCAAGACUGUUUCUCUUAUGUCCUCCAGAGUGACAAUCUCUUAAGCUACCUGACUGUGGAGGAGACGCUGACAUUCACUGCUCAGCUUGCUUUGAGACAUCACUCCACUGAGGCCAUAUGCAAGAAGGUAACUGCGGUCAUGGCAGAGUUGAGUUUAGGACAUGUGGCUCACAGUGUGAUUGGAGGCCGAAUUUUCCCAGGCAUUUCUGGUGGAGAGAGACGGAGGGUCUCAAUUGCCAGCCAGCUGCUUCAGGACCCAAAAGUGAUUCUCCUGGAUGAGCCAACCACAGGACUGGACAGCAUGACAGCCAAUCAGAUUGUGGUGCUGCUUGCUGAGCUGGCCAGAAGGGAUCGAAUUGUCAUAGUGACCAUCCAUCAGCCUCGUUCAGAACUUUUCAGAAUUUUCAACAGAAUAGCAGUCAUGAGCCGAGGAGAGCUGGUGUUCUGUGGACGGCCUGAAGAGAUGGUGGAUUUCUUCAGCAGCUGUGAAUAUGAGUGUCCUGAGUACUGCAACCCCUUUGAUAUUUAUGUUGAUCUGACCUCUGUGGACACACGAUGCAGUGAGAGAGAAACUGCAACAUACAGCCGCAUGCACGACAUCACGUCAGCCUACCGGAACUCCGAGAUCUAUAAAAGCAUGCUGGGAUGGAUCGAGCAGAGCUGCCACAGACCAGAAAAACCCAUGAUCCCCUUCAAAAGCAAAGAGUCCCCCAACUGCCUUUCCAAACUCAAUGUCCUCCUCAGGAGGACUGUGCGAAACGUGUCUCGUGACAGGAUGGGUAUUCUCAUGCGCCUCUCACAGAAUCUCAUCUACGGCCUCUUUGUUGCUUUUUUUGUCAUGAAGCUGGAUAGUGAUGUAUCAAAAGGUGCUGUGCAGGACCGAAUUGGCAUAAUCUACCAAUCCAUGGGUGCAUCUCCCUAUACUGGCAUGCUGAAUGCUGUAGCUCUAUUUCCUGCUUUAAGAGCCAUUGCCGAUCAGGAGAGUAAAGAUGGCUUGUACCAGAAAUGGCAGAUGUUUCUGGCUUACAUCAUCCAUAUCCUCCCCUUCAGUAUAAUCAGUGUAUUCAUCUUUACCUCUUUCCUAUACUGGACUGUUGGGAUGAACCCAGAUCCCUUGCGUUUCCUGUGUUUUUCAGCAGUGGUCAUUGUGCCUCACAUCAUAGGUGAACUCUUAACGCUGGUAUUGUUGGGUGUCGUUCAAGACCCCAAUAUGGUCAACAGUGGGGUAGCUCUACUCAAUGUAGCUGGUAUCAUGGUGGGCUCUGGAUUUUUAAGGAGUUUUAAACAAAUGCCUGUGGUGUUCCAAUGGCUGAGUUAUCUAACCUUCCAGAAGUAUGGCUGUGAGCUCCUGAUCGUCACUGAGUUCUAUGGCCUAAACUUCACCUGUACUGAUUUGCCAGGAUCAUGUAUUGUAGAAAAUGGCAAUGCUGUCAUAGAUCAGGGUUAUCCUGGAGCUCUCUCCCGUUACACACAAGACUUCCUUCUGCUCUAUGCAUUCCUGCCUGCACUCGUGAUUCUGGGUAUCAUCAGCUUCAAGAUACGAGACCACCUCAUUAGACGCUAGGCUUUUGAGUGUGUGUGAUUGUGCCUUCGAGCAAGUGUCUAUAAAAUGUUAUUUUAUGUUAUCAUUAUAUAGUUAAUGUUAUUUUGUACACAAGUAUGGAUUAUAAAUUGCUGAUCAUAUCCACACACACACACACACGUACAAAAACCCCAACGACAUCAACAUGAAAGCUGAAUCUGUAAACAUUUCCCUUGAUUAUUAAUAUUUGCUCUUGAUUUUUCACCAUUCCUGUGGUAUUGACUAAUUGCUGAUUUCUAAUUUGACUGUAAAUACUCUGAUG